AUGCUGGACCCUACAAGUGAACUAGAGUUUUUUACCCAAGAAAAUAUGGAGGAGAUCUCCCAGCUGGCUUCCCUGGAGAUGUUAGGGGAUGUAGUCGCCAAGAAAAAAUCUUCAGCCAUUAUCUCAGAAAAACCUAGCUAUCCAGACUCCGUGUACGUUAUGGCAGCGAACAUUUUUCAGGAUAUUCGAGUCGAAAAGUCGCCAGACAGAGUCAUAAUAAAGUACGGGAACGAACCCCUGCCGUCCUGGUCCCAGUCUGAGGAUGAAACUUUCCAGCGCUCCUCCUAUGAACUGGCUUUCAGUGCCCUGAAGUAUCAAGAUAUUUUGGAAACUAUAUUAAUAGACAGCUCUGUCUUCCCAAGUACUACAAUACCAGAUCAUUUGAGCAGUCUUAUUAUUGUGAUGCUGUACGAUUUCCAAGAUAGAAAAUUUCAGCCCCGUGCCUUUCCCGAUAAUGAAGAGUCCAUAUCAGAAGUUCAAGAAGUGGAGAGCCUGCUUAACAGCUCUAAGACAAAGUUGGCUGCAUCAUUGGCGAGAUGUCGAAUCAAACACGACGCCCUUUCAAUUUACCACAUUCUACCAGAGACGGUUAGAAAACAGGAACAGAGGGCCUCCACUUUGCCUCUUUAUGCUUGGAUAAAUACUGGUAAAAUCAGCCUUGAAGAAGUUUAUAGUAGUUUGAGGAGUAAAGGUUAUCAUAAAGUCAAAUCUGUACUGCAUCUCGAUGACAGAGUUUUUGCUGUGGAUCAGCAUUGCUAUGAUGUUUUAAUUUUUCCAGCUCAUCUAAAAAGAGAUCUUAUAAAUAUAGAUCUUUUCAAAGAUUAUAAACUUAUUUUUCAGGACAAAUCUCGAAGUCUUGCUGUCCACUCUGUAAAAGCUUUAUUAAAUAUGGAUGAUGAUAUCCUAAUGGUCAACACAGGCUCGUGGUACACAGUUGCCCAUAUGUCAACAUUAACAAAUAAUAAUACCUCAAAAAUAUUUGUAUGUGGAAUACAAUCACAAGAUAAGGAAUCUGAACUGACGAACCUUUUUUCAAAAAUGGGAUGCCAAAACAUUGAGAUACUUUAUGAGACGUUUGUCAGCAUUGAGCCCAAGGAUCCAAGGCUACAGAACGUCAAAGUCAUUCUGCUGCUGCCCCGCUGUUCAGGACUAGGUGUCAGUAACCCAGUGGAAUUUAUUUUAAAUGAACAUGGAGAUACAGGUUUACUUCAAGAUCUCUCUCAAGGUGGCACAACAAAAAAUAAACUUGAGAUCCUUGCUCAGGAGCAGUACGAACAGCUCGCCCACGCCAUGAAAUUUGCUAAAGUGCAAGCAAUUGUUUACUGCACGUGUUCUGUUUAUACAGAAGAAAAUGAAGCUGUCGUUAUGAAGGCACUGUCAUGUCAAAACCAAGGCAUUAAAAUACAACCUUACAGACUCAGUCCUCCUGUUCUUCCGCUGUGCUCCCUCAAGGAAAUGCAAUUGUCUGUGGACAGAUUCUUUAGAUUGGAACCAUCCGAUGUGACCAAUGGUUGCUUUCUUUCUAUUUUAACAAGAGAGCGAGACCCAUCUGAGACAGUGUCCGUGAAGGAUGUUCUGGCCCGAGCUGCCGCCAAAGGUCUACUGGAUGGGGUUGAGCUUGGGAAGACAUCCAAACGGGAGAAGAAGAGGAAGAAAUCCAAAACAUCACUGCCCAAAACUCCUGCUAAUGACAACAAUGGCAUCCAAGUGAAAAUCACUGAGUUCAUAAGUCAAGAAAGUAAAGCAAGUACUUCCCGAGGCGACGCAUUAGCAGCUAAAACACCUCUCCCGCCAAAAGCUGUCUCCCAAGUGGGCGCUCCCUCCCAGGUCAGAAAACCCAAGCUUGGCACCAAUUCUUUACUGACCACGUUGGUGAAGACUACUUAUCCUUCCAGGCCAGAAGAACGGCAGGUGACCUUGAGACGAAGGCCAGAAGGCAAAGUGAUUCCUCUGAAGUCCGUUGAGAUUGUUUUGCCUCCAGUGAUGUUCCCAUUCUCGAGUUCCCAGGGAGCCCGAGCUCAGAUGCCAGCAAACCGCGUCUACUAUCGCUUCGUUGGAUCAAAGGCUGGCAUGCACAACUAUGUUACAUCAUCAGCACCCAAAAGAGGGGAGAAGGCUAAGGAGGGCACAUCUUCCUCCUGUGUCAGGCAUCCUAGACCAUGGCUUUGACUGUGUGGCCCUUCCUACAGGCUGGCUGGUAUUUCUUUCUGUUCAGACACUAUUACUGGGGCUUUUGGUCACUUAGUA